GGUACGAGCUGAAUGCUAGUCUUACACUGUACGGCAUCCGGAUACGCCGCGCAGUUCUACCCGGCUUUCUCACCCAAGGAUCCCGAACCGAAUCAUCGGACGUACUAAUGGCAAAAUUGAUGCAGGUCGGCAGUGUGAUAGUGUGGUGCUGGUUGGCGGUGGCUGUGAGUGGGCAACGGUUUCAUCACAACGAGCAGAACCGGCUGGUGGCCGGUGGUGGCACCAUUUACAAAUCAUCACGCAUCGUCGGUGGCUCGGUUGCCUCCCAAGGCCAACUGCCCUAUCAGGUAGCGCUGCUUCGGUCGGGUUCGCUCGGAUGCGGUGGUUCGUUGAUUGACGCACGUUGGGUCCUCAGCGCGGCCCACUGUGUCUACACGAACGGUGUGCUUAUUCCAGCUGCCUCGCUCACGGUACUGGCCGGAACGAUUAAUUUGAAUACCGGCGGUUUGCGGCGGGCCGUCGCCCGGGUGCUACCACACGAGCGUUACGGUAACUUCCGGAAUGAUGUAGCGCUGCUGCUGCUUCAGCAACCGCUGGCCACCAGCAGCACCAUUAGACCGAUUGCACUGCGCACCGCCGAGGUGCCGGCCGGGAGUGAGAUCAUCAUUUCGGGCUGGGGCCGCAUUUUCUCCGGUGGUCCGGUAUCGACCUGGCUUCGGUUUAACCGUGCCACCGUACUGGCAAGCCAACGGUGUGCCGCUGUCACCGGUAUUCCCAGUGGGCUGAUAUGUUUUACCUCGCCGAUCAACAACGGUGCUUGCAAUGGCGAUUCGGGUGGACCGGCUGUGAUGAACAACGAGCUUGUCGGGGUGGCCAACUUUAUCAUCAACUACUGCGGCUCGGGUAACCCCGAUGGGUACGCCAAGGUGUCCGACUACGUGCCCUGGAUUCAGGCGACGAUGCGCCGAUAUUAGUCACGCCAAGACCGGAUACCAGGAAACCAUCAGAUGUUUAGGAGAAUUUCAAGUACAUCAAUCCAGCAUCGACGGUAGCAGUGUCCCUACUUGGAAACAGGCCUGUGGAAAAUUAUUCCAACGAAACCUAUCCUCUAUUUGAAGUCCUUAAUGGUGAGGCAUAUUUAAAUUGAGAGCUGUAAAGCCUGGACUACAGCCGUGCCGUAUCUGUUGCCUUUGUAAAUCCCCUGUGUUGACAUGGGCAUGCUGGGAGAUGGAUUGUG